AUGUAUCCGCAUAACCCCCGAAUGGGGCCUCCCAACGCCCGUCUGAAUGAGCUUCUCGACCAGAUCCGCUCCGAGUUCGACACUCAUAUCCGGGCUAGUGAGACCUAUGAGCAUCAGAUCAAUGCCCAGGUCAAUGAGAUGCAAUUAGUUCGCGAGAAGGUCUAUGCGAUGGAGCAGACUCAUAUGACUCUCAAGCAGAAGUAUGAGGAAGAGAUUCAGAUGCUUCGUCGUCAGCUCGAUGCUGCUCGUGGCGGUGCUCCCCAAGGCGGGAUGAGUGCCCACCCCCAACACCCCGGCCCGAGCCAGCAGCCUCCCGCCAUUGCUCCCGGAAACGGUCUUUUUAACGGCAUCAUGACCGGAGCCGGACAGGCUGGCCUAGCCCCCCUCCAGCCCCAGCACAGCCUGAGCAGAUGGGGCCCCAUGGCCAGAUUGGACAGGGCCCGCCUCCCCCAAGCGGCCUGCCCGUACCCCCUCCCCCUCCUGGUCCUCCUCAGCAACCUCCGUUCCAGCAGGGUUACCCCCAAGGCCCUGGGCCUAAUGGCAUCGGCCCUCAACCUCCCCAAAGCACCGCAUCCCCUGGACCUCGUGGCGGUCGCAUUGGGCGACCCCCGCCGCCGUCGGCCCCGCCACCCUCAAAUCAACACGCCCAUCCCCUACCCGGGAGCCACUCAGUCUCCUCAGGUUAGCCACCAUACGCCUGCGGACAGGCCUCAGAGCAUGAACCAUCAUGCCCAGCCUGGCAGUGUUCUCAGCGAGCUCAACAUCGAUCAGAUCCCCGCCCAUUAUAAGAAGGCCGGCGAUGAUUGGAUUUGCGUGUUCAACCAGCACGUCCCCCGCGUUUUGGACAUUGACCUUGUCCACACCCUUCAACACCAGAGCGUUGUUUGCUGCGUCCGUUUCAGCCAUGACGGAAAGUACGUUGCUACGGGAUGCAACCGAUCGGCCCAAAUCUACGAUGUGCAGACUGGCGAGAAGCUCUGCGUUCUUCAAGAUGACUCGGCCGAUAUGGGUGGUGAUUUGUAUAUCCGCAGCGUUUGCUUUAGCCCUGACGGCAGGUACCUUGCCACCGGUGCCGAAGACAAGCUCAUUAGGGUUUGGGAUAUCCACCAGAAGCAAAUCCGCAACACGUUCUCCGGAACUCAUAUUCUUACCCUCACAAUCGAGGAUGGGGUUACAACCGUCGCCAUCUCUCCCGACACGAAAUAUGUCGCCGCUGGCUCACUCGACAAGAGCGUUAGGGUCUGGGAUCUUCACCAGGGCUACCUUCUCGAGCGUCUUGAGGGACCUGAUGGACACAAGGACAGCGUCUAUUCGGUUGCCUUUUCGCCCAACGGCAAGGAUCUCGUCAGUGGCUCACUGGACAAGACUAUCAAGAUGUGGGAGCUCAGCACACCCCGAGGCUUGCCCAAUGGCCCCAAGGGCGGAAGGUGUGUCAAGACGUUUGAGGGGCACAAGGACUUUGUCCUCUCGGUGGCCCUCACGCCGGACAACCAAUGGGUCAUGUCUGGUUCGAAGGAUCGCGGUGUGCAGUUCUGGGACCCCAGGACUGGUGCGACGCAGCUCAUGCUUCAGGGCCAUAAGAACUCUGUCAUCUCGGUCGCGCCCAGCCCCACUGUCGGCUACUUUGCCACCGGCUCUGGCGACAUGAAGGCUCGCAUCUGGUCAUACCGUCCCCUCCCUUAG